UUCAUUUUUUUUCUUGAAUUAUCGCUCAAGAUCUGAAAAUGGGGAUACAAGGGCUGCUGCCCCUUUUGAAAUCAAUAAUGAAUCCGAUUCACAUUAAGGAAUUGGAGGGAUGCUUCGUCGCCAUCGACACGUAUUCUUGGCUGCACAAGGGCGCCCUUUCUUGUAGCACUGAUCUCUGCAAAGGCAAACCCACAUCCAAGCAUAUUGACUACUGUAUGCAUAGAGUAAAUAUGCUGCGCCAUUACGGUGUUAAACCAAUUCUUGUAUUUGAUGGAGGUCAUCUACCAAUGAAGAACGAUCAAGAGAUCAAGCGAGCAAGGUCAAGGAAGGAAAAUCUUUCUCGUGCUGUGGAGCACGAGUCAAAUGGAAAUCUAACUGCUGCUUACGAGUGCUACCAGAAGGCUGUCGAUAUAUCACCUUCAGUUGCCUAUGACCUUAUCCAGGUCUUGAAACGGGAAAACAUAUUGUAUGUUGUCGCUCCCUAUGAAGCAGAUGCACAAAUGACAUUUCUGGCACUCGGCAAACACGUUGAUGCAGUUAUAACAGAAGACUCGGACCUCAUUGCGUUUGGUUGUCCCAGAAUUAUCUACAAAAUGGAUAAAUUUGGGCAAGGUGUUGAAUUCAAGAACGCCAUGCUUCAACACAACAAAGAGCUGAAUUUAGCAGGAUUCACCCAAACGAUGUUGCUCGAGAUGUGCAUUUUAAGUGGAUGCGACUAUUUGGCGUCUCUGCCUGGAAUGGGCCUGAAGAAAGCUCAUGCUCUGAUUAAGAAGUUUAAAAGUCACGAAAAUGUAAUAAAGCACUUAAGGUACAACAGUGUGGAGGUACCUCCUCUUUACGAAGAAUCUUUCAGGAGGGCAAUUUUGACUUUUAGGCAUCAACGAGUUUACGAUCCAAUUAGUGAGGAUAUUGUACAUUUAUCUGAGCCGGUGGAUUUUGUCGGUGAAGAUGUAGAUUUCUUAGGUCCAGCAUUGCCUCAGCAUGUAGCUAAAGGUAUAGCGCAAGGGGAUCUUGAUCCGUUUACUAAAAUACCGAUCCAGACGGAAUCUGGUGCUACUGAAAAAGUGGUUCAAGGAACUUACCAGCUCAAGAAUUUCAAGCCCGACGGUGAUAAGAAAAAGCUCGAUUUGCCUGCUCAGAAAAAUCUCCUAACUAACUACUUCUGUUUUGCUUCACUCGAGGCAAAGAGGAAAUUCCGGGCUCCUAGAAUUUCACCUAAGCAACCAAACGAGAGCAACGAAACUUCCAGCCAUUCUCCAGAUGUGAAAGAUGAUUUGAAGUUUAUCGAGGCACGAGAUCGUGAACCAUGGGAUAAGAGAGAAGUUGCAGCUUUUACCGUAGUGCAAAAUUCAGUAUGUAAGCCUUGUAUCUCAUUGCACAAGGAUCUGAACUCGGAUCGGAAAAAUGGGAAGGCAACAACAUACGUGAAGCAAAAUGGGGUAGUAAGGAGUUCGUAUUUUCUGAAAAAGUCCGGGGGCGAAAACGGAAAGGAAAAUGAGCCGCUCUCUCCUUUGCUCGAGGAGGAAGCAUGCAGAAAGGAGGAGAAAACAGUUCGUGUCGAUAACUUGAGGAUGAAGCAAAACUUUAAUUUCGAGAGAGAGAAUGAAGAAAUAUGCGUAAGUGGGAACAACGAGAAUACUUUACAGUAUAAAACGAAGAAAAGAAAGAUAGAUCAAACUGACAGUCCAAUACAAGAAGAUGCAAAUGGUGAUAACUGGACAUCAUCAGGCGGUCGCAGUUCCGAAGCAGAAGAAGGAAAGUUGGGGUGCGAUAUCAGCCAUUUGAGUCGUUAUUCAGACAUAGCAGAGAAAUCUAUGGAGAAGUUUGUGUCGGUUAUUUCGUCGUUCAGAUAUAAUCCGUCCGGCACUCGUGCUAGUGGUCUUCGACCCCCUCUUAAAGAUAUCAACAACAAUAGCUUGAGAAGGUAAUAUAUAAUAAUAAUGCACACCUUUUCUUUUUCUUCUUGUAAUUGCGAAUUUUUUUAAUCUCGUAAAAUCCUAUUUAAUGCGGCACAAUGCUUCGACCUUUUACUCGUUGUUGGAAAUAAAGUGCGUAUUUUGAGUACGAGAGGGUUGAAAUUGGACGAAUCGGAUCGAAAUUAGCAGUUUUGAAGAAAUCCU